AUAAUUUCUGGAUGCAAGUCCUGAAUGCAAGUUGAAGCUACAAAAACAUGCUCUGGUUUAUUUGUGUAGUUUGCUUUUCAUAAAAGAAAUUAUAGCUGAGCUUUUAUAAUAGUCUUUCAGCAACUUAACUAUAUUUCAAUACUGACAUUUCUUAACAUCAAAAUCCAAUCAGGUGUUUGAGCAAAAUAAAUAAAACCCCUUACCUCUUAAGAAAUGUAGGAAAAGCAUGAUAGAGGCUUCAUGUGUUUUCUACCCAUGAGAAUGAAAAACUACCCAUGAGGACUACCUUCUUGCACUGUCCUAUGGCAUCCUGAAGCUAUCCUAAAGCUAUGAUUCGCAGUUUUGAGACAUAAGGAUUGCAGGUAUUCUAUGCUGUUGUUUCUCAGAUGUUACCCUUUCUGAACCUGCAGCCUAUAGCGCUUUAUGGUAAGGUGGCAUAUGCAAGUAACCUAUCUCCAUGUACCACUGUAAAAAAGCAGUGGGUUGGGUUGCUCUCAGGAUGGAGUGCCUUUAUGGCCUCUUAAAAGGCAGAACCCACACUCAGGAAUCCACUGGACCUUGGCUGGCACCAGACUGCAGAGGAAAGCAGCUAACGUAAAAAAGUUUUUUUAAAAAGUAAGUACAUUUAUGGGAAGAUCUGUUAUUUGUAGCAGGUGAUUGGAUUUCUACAUCAAACCAGAUGUGAUCUGUGUAUUUCUAAAGCUUUUUGUGCAUGUUUUCAUAAAUUAACUUCAUGGUUAAAGUUAAAAAAAAAAUCAGCACAGUCUAUCAAUUUGCAAGAAUGUCUCUAAGGUUCUACUAUGAAAUUUCAAUAAUGCUCCGAUAGCUGUGUACUUAUGUUACUUUUUAGGAGAUUCAGAAUAGUUCAGGUAUGCCAAGUGAUGAAUAAUGACAAUAUCAUUUUCUGAUUUCGUAUUACUGUAAAACAAAAGUUUUACAGUAAUAUGAAAUUAUUAUAAAUGUACUUCACAAUCAGAAUAACUAUAUGCUCAUGACAAAAUCCUCUUCCCACUUUCCUCCAGUCGGUGACAUUAAAAGACUGUAAAAAAUAGGUAAAAAUAUAUGUUCUGUUUCAAGAGGGGCUCUGAAAUUUAAGAAAGAGACCUGACAUUCAUAAAUCACUGCACUCAUAACAUCAGUUGAAAAAGGUUUGUGUUUUUUUUCUUUAUAUGCAUCUACACAAUAGCCCAGUAUGUGAACUGCUACAGUUUUAACAUAUGCAUCUACUUUAGUGAUAUGAGAACUCUGCUUGACUCUUUCAAUCUAACUUUGUGUCUUUGAAUUGUUAUUGUGCAUACUGACUUAGCAAGAUGUUCCUUUAAGGCUGGAGAACAAAACGAAAUAGUAAAUAAGGCCAUAGCAAAGCUGUUUGAAUAAGAAAAACAUAAUCUACAUCAAACUAAUAUCCAUAACGUUACAUGAUUAAAUACUUAAUACUUUUUCAGUUAUGAAUUUGUCAGUAUGAUGUUAUGAUUUAAAGAUUUUUCAAAUUGAUCUAAGUAUUCUAAUAAAUGUGAUAAAUGUUACAGAAAUCAGACAAUAUAGUUUAACAUAUACGUAUUUCAGUGACUUAUUCCGAUGCCUAAUGGCCAAUAUAAAAAAUUGGCAAUGCAAAAAUAGAAAUAUCUAUAAUAAAAAUUAACGUUUAAAGUAGACAAAAUAAUAGGCUAUUUCUUUUCAAUUCAGAAACUAAGUUUUAAAAAAAACAACUUUCCUCUUACUAAGUAAGUCUGUUGAUAGUUUCUUGAACAGUAAAAUAAAGACUGUGUAAGUGAACUACAGGCCAUCAUGGCCUGAAAAUAAACACUAUUUAUUUUCACAUAAUAAUGUACAUCUUAUAUUUUAUAUAUUUUAAUCUAUUCCCUAUUUAAUCUAUACUAUUGAGUAUUGAUACCAACACUCCCACCAACACUGCAUUUUCUAAAAAGACAUCCAACCAUAAACCUCCAGUUUCCACAAUGAUAAGUGAUACCCAGAACAUUUUUAGACCAUCUGGAGCACAUAAAUUAUUUUAAAGACAGUGACCAGUUUCAGAACUCAGUGAAAUUGAGUAAUGUGGUAUGUACAGAGCAAAUAACCCAGGCAUUCACUCAAAAUAAUUGAGACAAAUUGCUAUACAAAUACCACUCAGGGAAACCACAAAACAACAUAUUAAGUGAUUCAAGAGUGCAUUGUGAUUAUUCUGCAUUAACAGAGAAGUUGGUCUGAAGAUGUUUAAGAUUUGCAAAGCAAAGGAAGAGCAACUAACUGCUCCGGGGCAGGGUAAGUUAAAAAACAAGUGGAUUUUUAAAAAUGUAUUUAACUAAAUUACAUGUUUAAAACCUUGAUUAAAUCAAUAAUAGGACAGUUCAGACUACAGUUCUUUAACAGUAUGGACAUUAUCAAUGCUAUCCUGAAUCUCCUUCCUUUAUCAAAUUGUACAGAUUAUUUCUUUUUUUUAAUUAUUAUUUAAUGGCAGUGAAAAUUAAAAAGAAGUCACGGGUGCCUGGAGUUAUGAUCACUCAGUAUGUGGAAGUAUUACCAGAUGGCAUAAGCACCCCUGAUUUCACUCGGAAACCUAUCGCGCUCACAAUUCAAGAAGGAAAAAUGGCCUUUUUCAGAGCAAUAGUUACUGGUAAUCCAACACCAGUUGUGACUUGGAUGAGAAACAAUGGGGAAAUAGAUGAGGAGAGAUACAAGUUUACAUUUGAUUCCAUUUCUGGUGAACAUCAGCUACAGAUGCCUGAUGUAUGUGCAGAUCAAGCGGAUACCUACAAAUGUUAUGCCAGAAAUGAGUUUGGAAAAGCAGUUGUUACCGUUACUCUCAAUGUCAUUGAAGUUGGCUACAAGAAGAGUAAAGCGAUGAAAGAAUCCAGAACAGCAAUUCGAGAGUUACCAGAAGACUUCAAAAGGAACUUGAGAAGCACGGCGGACUUAGAGUCGAGGGAAGAGAAACAGCUAGAAAUCGAUGAACACUUUUGGGAACUGUUGUUGAGUACAGACAAGAGAGAAUAUGAGAACAUCUGUGCACAAUAUGGGGUCACUGAUUUUCGCUGGAUGCUCAAGAAGCUAAACGAGAAGAAGUUGGAGAGAGAGCAGCAGCAGGAAAAGGUUGUUGAAAAACUCUGUAACCUCAAGCCCAUUGAACUGAAACCUAAUGGUGCAGCAGAGUUUGAACUUGAGAUGUCACUGAAAGACCCCAACAGCAAAAUGUUCCUAUUCAAGGAUGGAGUUAUGAUUCCUUUUGAUGCUGACGCAGAGAUAAAACAUGGACUUAAAAGAGUAGGAAAGAAGUUUGUGUUCAGUAUAAAUGGAGUUAAUCCUGAGGAUGCAGGAUUAUAUCAACUGGAAAUUGAUGGAGUCAAGAUAUUCUCAACUGAAUUACAAAUUCCAGAUGUAGACUUUUUGGUUAAAAUUCAAGAUGUGAACGCGGAGGAAAGAGAGGAUGCUGUGUUCCAGUGUGUGCUUUCACGUCCAAUGAAAAAAAUCAGUUGGAUGGGGAAAAACAACCCAGUGGAGCAAGGAGAUAAAUAUGAUGUUACCGUAUCGGACGACAUGCUGAUUCACACUUUAGUGGUGAAAGAUUGCCUGCUACUGGACAAAGGAAUCUAUUCAGCUGUGGCUGGACUUAAAUCCUGCAGUGCCUGGCUCAUAGUAGAGGGUAACACGGAUCCAAGUAUGGUUGGAAAAAAGAAAGCUCGCAAGACAACUUGUGCAGGAGGUGGUGGAGACGAUGUUCUCAAAGUUGCUCGGGAGCAGCAGGCGAAGUUACAAAAAAAACAAGAUGAGCUGAUUGCAAAAGCAAGGGAAAAGGCAGAUGAAGAGGAGGCAGCAGCAGCAGCAGCAGCGGCAGCGGCUGCGGCAGCAGCUGAAGAACCAAAACCUGUAGAAAUCCCAGAGGUAGAUGCCACACCUAAAACUGAACCUCAACCAAAGAAACAAGCAAAUGUAAAGCCAGAAACAAAACCAGAAGUGGUAGCAGAUUCUAAACCAAUAGUUGCAGAAGAAAAAGUGAAGGAAGGAAAAACAGAAAAACCUGCGCCAGGUCCUGCAAAAGAGAAGGAGGUUGUUGUUGAAGAGAAAGAAUUUGUUCAAGAGAAAAGACAAAGACUGAGAACAGGCCCACUUGUCCCUGAAGCUGUAACUGAUCCAGGAGUUUAUUUCACUGCUGGACUCUCAGAUGUAACUGCAGUUAUAGGUAACGAUGCAGAACUGCUAUGUAAGCUAAGCUGCGAGGACUGUGAUGCAACCUGGUACAAAGAUGGAAAAGAGAUAACAGCAACAGAGGACAUUAAUAUUAUUAAAGAGGGGACUUAUCGGAAACUAGUUAUUAAAAACUGUAAAGAAGAGGAUGCUGGAAAAUAUAAAUGUGAAGCUGAUGGGCGUAAGACGGAAGCUAUGUUGAAUGUUGAAGAUCCUCCAAGAAUCAGCCUUGAUGACCUUGCUGAGUUUAUGAAACCUGUAAUAAUCAAAGCUGGAAAAGAGGCAUCCUUUAAGCUAACAUUUGUUGGACGUGAACCAAUGAAAAUCCAAUGGUACAAUGAUGGAGAAGAGCUGAUGGAGGAGAGCAAUAUUAAGAUUGAAAAGUCUUCCUCCCAUAGCCGCCUAUUGCUAACCAAGUGCCAACGCAGAACAACUGGAGAAAUUAAGAUCAAAAUUAAAAAUGAAUGUGGAACGACUGAGGCCAUCACAAAACUCAUUGUCCUAGCUAAGCCAACACCACCACAAAGCCCUGUGGAUGUCAUUGAAAGUUCUUCAUCUUGCAUUGAGUUCAAAUGGAGGCCUCCCAAAGAUAGUGGUGGUUGCCCUGUCACCAACUACAUUAUGGAGCGCCAGCAAAUUGGACGAAACAGCUGGCAAAAGUUGGGUAAGAUUGGUCCGGAGCCCAAGUACAGGGACACAGAUGUAGAUCAUGGCAGAAAAUACUGCUACCACAUCAGGGCUGAAACCGAACAAGGCAUUAGUGACAUGAUAGAGACUGAUGACAUCCAGGCUGGAACAAAGGCAUACCCUGGACCUCCAUCAACACCAAUAAUUGUCAGUGCUUUCAAGGACUGUAUAAAUCUCGCUUGGAUUGCACCGGCAAAUACGGAAGGAGCAAACAUUUUGGGUUACAAUGUGGAGAAACGCAAGAAUGGGAGUAAUCUGUGGGGCAUGGUCAACCCACCAGAUGAGCCCAUCAAAGCAAAAAAAUAUGCAGUAAAGGAUGUUGUUGAAGGUAUAGAGUACGAGUUCAGAGUGUCAUCUAUCAAUAUGUCUGGAGUUGGAGAUCCAAGUCAACCCUCAGAAUUUGUGAUUGCCAGAGAUCCAAAAAAACCUCCUGGUAAAGUUACUGACCUGAAGGUGACAGACUCUACCUACACCACCUUAUCGCUGAGCUGGACCAAACCAGUGUUGUGAAGAACCUCGUUGGUCAGGAGACUUCCAGUGUUGAAAUAAGAGUCACAGAUGAUCCUAAGCCACCAGGCCCUGUAGAACUUGAGGAAAAUGUGUCGGGAACAGUUACCAUUUCAUGGACUGCAUCUCCAGAUGAGAAGAAAGAUGACAGACUGCACUAUGUGGUCGACAAGCACGAUUCUGUUAAACACACUUGGCAUACUGUGGCUGACCAUCUCUUCAACAACAGGUUCACUGCUGUCAAUAUUAUGCCCCGAAGGCAGUACAAGUUCAGGAUCUAUGCCAAGAAUGACAUGGGGCUUUCUGCAGCGUCUGAGUCACCAAUCUGGGAAGUAAACAAAA